AAUUGUCGCCCAGACAGACGUGUUGACGCUCCAGCCCAACAGGCGCUCUCGCUGCCCCGCAGCCUUUCCUUAGCGGGCGCUCCAGCCGGUGGAGUCGCAGAGCUGAGCUGUAGUCAGCCCCAGCCAGGGCACCACUUCCUGCGGCGCCUUAGGCUCCGCAUUCCUGACGUUUGGACGCCUUAGCUGGUAGAGAAAGGAGGUGUAAGUGAGAGAAAGGCUCUCAUCCUGGGACCUAGGAAUAACUCCUGAGUCGGAGGAGUCUCUCUCUCUCUCUCUCCCUCCUCCUCUCCCCUCUCCUCCUUCCCUUCCAGCCCUCGAGCACAUGUCGGUCAUGGACCUCGCCAGCACCUGCUCCAGCUUUCAGUCGGACUUGGAUUUCUGUCCGGAUUGCGGCUCGGUCCUACCCCUGCCCGGGGCUCAGAAUACGGUCACCUGUAUUCGCUGUGGCUUCGCCGUCAACGUGCGGGACUUCGAAGGGAAGGUUGUGAAGACCUCAGUUGUGUUCCACAAACUGGGAACAGUCAUGCCCAUGUCUAUGGAGGAAGGACCCGAGUUCCAGGGACCAGUGAUUGACAGGCGCUGCUCUCGUUGUGGUCAUGAAGGAAUGGCAUACCACACCAGACAGAUGCGAUCCGCCGAUGAAGGGCAGACUGUCUUCUACACCUGUACCAGCUGCAAGUUUCAGGAAAAAGAAGACUCUUGAUCCUUUUUUCUGGGCUACCCAACAAUACCUCCCUCCUAUUCCUCGGAAGUAAAGGAUAUUGGUUCUUAGAUGCCUUGUCCGUCCUCUCUGGUUGUGGUGUGUUGCUAUUGGAGGAGUGUCUGAUCAUCACAUGAGUACUCCCACCUCUAGUUUAGUUUAUUAAAGUUAUAUUUUUCUAUAAAACCUUGACAUGUUUUUUAUAAUCUUAUUCCAAAUCAGAGAGAUGUUUGUAAGGAA